AUGAAAGAGGAGCUUGAGCCUAGUCGUCAUUCUGUUUUUGUUAAAGCUCGCCGAGAAAGACAGAAACAUCUUAUUCAAGAUGUGACAGCACUUGAUGAUAUCAUUCCUAAUCUAGGAUCCCAAAAUAGUGUACGUGUUAUAACUAGAGUUGCCACAUGUUGCCAUCUUGAAGAAUUGAAUGUUACAAAACUCUUAAAAUUAACCUCAUCUGCUCUACCUGCUUCCCACAAAUUAGUAACAAACCAUUCAAAACUAGUCAAUAUGUUUAUUGAAGAGCAGUCUGUUAAAGAGAUAAUACGGUGCUCUACGUGUUUCAUGAUUAUCGAUAGUAAUAAUCAUUGUUCAAUGAAUUGUCAACAAAACAGAAGUUAUCGAAAAACGAGUAAUGUAGUAGAGCACGUAACUACAACGAAUGAUACUCAACUGAUUAAUAUAAUUCGUCGAAAUCGUUGUCUAAUUCCUUCGUAUCCUCGUCUUGUUAAUCAACUAGCACCAAGUGAUAUCUUAACUCGAUCUGUUUAUCAAGAAAGUUUAAGGAAAAACAAGUGUGACAAUGUUGACGGACCACAUCCUAUCACUUUAAUGAUACACAUAGACGGGGCUCCUAUUGUACGUUGGACUAAAAAGCAGACGUGGCCUGUUACUGCCUCUAUUUGUGAAAUUCCACCUUAUUUACGAGAAAAUCAAAACAAUAUUCUUCUAUUAGCCAUUUGGAAUGGACCAAUCAAGCCACCAAUCGAUCUUCUACUCUCAGAAAUACUACAGUCAUUGAAAAAGACGAUUAGAAUUGAUGAUGAUGAUUACAUAAUUGAUGUCCAGUUAUUUAAAGCUGAUGGUCCUGUCCGAUCAUUUGCAUUGAAGCACAACCAACAUAACGGAUAUUAUGCGUGUAUUGAGUGUACUAUACAAGGUAUUUAUAAUAAAGAUGCAAGUAUAAUGAUGUAUCCUUAUAAUCAAGAAGAACAAUGUCAACCAAGAACAUUAGCAUAUAUCUCACAAUAUUUUAAUUCUAAAAAGAUUUAUAUUGUUAUAUAUUCAGAUAUGGCAGGUGCAGCAACACCGACUCAAAAUCUGUUUUGUAUUCCCUUAUCGGAAAAUAAUGGUCGUCAAAUACCCUCCACAGCCACUCCUAUUUAUCAUUCUCAACAACAACAACAGAGAACUACAACAAACAAAAUAUCAUUCAGUGGAAGAAAUAAAUUUACUCCAAAUAAUAAUAAUACAAGCCACGGUCAAAUUGCUACCACUUCAUCCAGUAUUUCACAAAAAUCAACAAUGGAAAUGUUAAAAUUAGCGGUAGAUCAUGCGAUGGCUCCCUACAAUAAACUAACGACUGAAUUAAUUAAUUCAAACCAAAAAUUGAAUGAACAAUUAACAGAAACAUUAACAUUAAUGAAAGAGAUGACAAAUAUACCUAAAGAUGUAACAAAAUCAAUAAAACAAUCCUCAAACUACCUUAGGAUGAAUUCUGUUGUCGCAGUCGAAGAAGAUAAAGAUUUAGUUUUGUCAUUGAGACAUGUUGAUUUGACACAAGUAAUUCCAGAUGCAACGUAUGGAAAAACUGGACGGGAUAUGAUGCGACUAGUUUUUGGUGCUCAUGAUCAGUUUUCUUCCCUUGAAAGAGGAGAAUUCGAAGUUAUAUUAGGUGCAAUCGCCUAUAUCCACAAGGUUCCAUUUAAAGAUGUUUGGUCAAAAUAUAAUACAAUUAAAACAUCAUUAACACAAAUGAUCCAUGAUGCAAAGAAAAAUAGUCCACUGGCAAGACGAAGAAAACUAUUUGAUGUAUCUCCAUUGCAACCGUCGUUAAAUAAACAACGAACAUUACAAGACGAACGAGAUCUAGAUGAUGAUUUUUCUGGUUAA